GCUAUAUACCCAGCGCCUCUCCACGUCACCUGCCUUUGGUGUGUCUGGGCCAUUACUAAUAGAGCCUUGUAAACAAUCGUUAAUCAUGUAAGGACUGCCGGCCAUUGGAUUCGGACCGGGAGCGCGGAGGAGCGCGGAGCGCAGCGCGGGGCCGCGGCCCCUCCGCCUGCCCCCUCCCCGCCCCGGGCAGCCCGGCCCCAGGCAGCAGCAGGCGCGCCGCGGAGAGAGCCCCGAGCAGCAUGCGGAGAGCCGCCGCCGGGGCCCCGCCAGCAUGUACGUGAGCUACCUCCUGGAGAAGGACGGGCCCAUGUACCCCGGCCCGGUGCGGCACUCGGGGGGGCUCAACCUGGCGGCGCAGAACUUCGUGGGUGCCCCGCAGUACGCGGACUACGGCGGCUACCAUGUGAACCUCGACGGCGCCCAGUCCCCCGGGCCGGCCUGGCCCGCGCCCUACGCCGCCCCGCUCCGCGACGACUGGGGCACCUACGGCCAAGGGGCGCCGCCGGCCGCCGGCGCCGUGCACGGCCUCAACGGGGGCUCCCCCGCCGCCCCCAUGGCCUACAGCCCCGCCGACUACCACCACCACCACCACCCGCACGCCCACCACCACGCCGGCCCCGCGCCGCACUGCUCCGCCGGGGUCAUGCAGCCCCUCGGCGCCGCCAGCGCCGCCGCCAGCGCCGCCCCCGAGCCGCUCUCCCCCGGCGGGCAGCGCCGCGGCCUCUGCGAGUGGAUGAGGAAGCCGGCGCAGCCCCCGCUCAGCAGCCAGGUUAAAACCAGAACGAAAGACAAGUACCGCGUCGUGUACACCGACCACCAGCGGCUGGAGCUGGAGAAGGAGUUUCACUACAGCCGCUACAUCACCAUCAGGAGAAAAGCGGAGCUGGCCUCCAACCUGGGGCUGUCGGAGAGGCAGGUGAAAAUCUGGUUCCAGAACAGGCGGGCGAAGGAGAGGAAGAUCAACAAGAAGAAGCUGCAGCAGGCGCAGCCCGGCGGCGCGGAGCCCCUCAGCCCCAGCGCCUCCUUGCAGGGCCCCGCGGCGGGGGCGGCCGCCGGCGGGCUGGGCCCCGCCGCCCCGCAGUGACAGCGGCCGGGGACAGCGCGCAGGGACUGCAGGAGGACGCGGAGGGUCGGGCCGGGCCGGGGGGCGCGGAGGGAGCGGCCCCCGAUGCACUGCACCGCCCCGCGGGGCCGGCCGUGUGUACAGGUGUACAGUGUAUGUGUCUCGUCGUCCGGGGGAAGCGUGUCCAUCGCUUUAUUAAUAUUAUUAUUAUUAUGUUCGGGUGCUUUUUUACCCUGGAAUUUGUUAGAUAAAGUGGGGGCGCUGCCUGCCAGUCAACCCCCGGUAUAUCUCAGGGAUCGGUCCAAAAGACCUUUGCAAUGUUGUUGGGCUAACGAUGAAUUUUAGCAGGAAAAAAAAAAUUAAAGCACAUGUUUUUUUA